AAACCGUGUGCUCUCCAGUCUACACGCCCCAAGAUUCGUUCAAAAACAAACGUCGCCCCCUUCUUUAGCCUUUCACGCUAUAUCUCUACAUAAAACCCCAACCUCAUAAUUCAUGCUUCAAUCCAAACUACAGCAUUAAUGUUUAUCAAAUAGUUUGAUUAAGGGUUGAAUUUCAGUGGAUUGUGUGGCAGCAAAUAUUUCAAAGUAGCUAGACAUCAAAAACAAAGAUAGGCAAAAAUGUGUAAAGGGUUUCAGCAAUACGAGAGAGAUCGUCUGAAAAUCAAAGCUUUUUAUCUCCAUUUCUCAUUUUCCUCACCUACCAAAAAUGCCUUACCCGAUUGUCUAACACUGCAUUAUCUUCCAAGAAUAAGUGAAAGUCCAUUGGAGAUUAACGACUCCAAGAUCCGAUCCAAUGCCCCGGGUUUCGUUACGCUCCACCGGGUCGUGUCAGCUGAGAAGGCGACAAAAGGGGUCAUAUAUGGAAGCAGAGAUAGAGUUAAAGCGAGUGAAGGAGUAAGGUUCGAAAUAUACAUCGCUGAUGUAAAGAUUUUAAGGGGUAUUUUCGGAAAAGAUGGAGUUGAGGAUAAUUGGAGAAUUGAUUGCAGGUCAAUGCUCGAAAAUGAUGAUUUGCACGUAAAAGGGGCGGAAGUGUGUGUGGCGGUGGAAGGACGAGCCGCCGGUUCAGCGGCGGAGGUGAUAACAGAGAAGGUGGAGAUGACGGUGAAGAAGAGGAGAUCACGGCGGAGGAGCUGUUUUCAGAAGCUGGAGGAGAUCCCUGAACAAAGAGAAGUUGAAAAUGAGCUUGAGGGGUCCACUUGUUGUUGCUCGGAGUGUGAAGGUGAAGAAGAUUCCGACGGCGGAGACACGGCGGAAGCGGCGGAGGAGGAGGCUGAGACGGAGGGAGUUGGGUGGGCAUUAGAUGUGGGGAUAUGGGUGAUGUGCCUUGGGGUGGGUGUUGGGUAUUUGGUCUCUAGAGCUUCUUCUAAGAGAUUAAGAAGAAGAAGAUUCAUACUAUAAACUUAUUUUUAGUAGUAAUUAAUACGAUUUUUUGCUGUAAGUUCUAACAAUAGGAGUCUAUAUUGAGAAUUUGAGAGUGAUCUUGAUAUUGUUAACCCAAUUUUCCGGAGAUUAUUUACACCAAUAAAUUUCACUUUAUACUUUAGCUUAUUCA